AUGGAGCAAUGCAUCGAGCAGUUGCCGAGCAGCCCUCAGCCGAGCGAUGCCGACGACGUGAUUGAAGACAGCCCGCUGACGGCAGGCAUGUUCGGAUUGGAGGAGCAAGUUUCCUUGUUGCACUUUCACACCGCAAACGAGACAGAGAAGCCAAACUUCUUGGGUGCUUUGGAUCUGCCGGCGUUGCCGUCACCGAAGCCUGGGCGUCGACCAAAAAAGCACCUGGGCCGCAGUGACAUCGCGCGGCUGCGGGGUGUGGACCCUGUGGAUGCUCCAGAGGAGUUGCGGUGUGCAAUCGACGGCAAGCUUAUGGCAGUUCCGCUAGUAUCGCCUCACGGUCACGUCUUCGAGCACGAGACGCUGCUGCAGUGGCUGAGCAGCUGCGGUAGCAUCUGCCCAAUCACCGGGAAGCCACUCAGAGAAGAGGAUUGCGAACCUGCUGUGGAAAUUCAGCAAAAGGUCCUGGACUGGGUCAAAGCUGCCCGGUCUUCCUACAAGCGCCGUCUCGAGGAAAAGCGCCGGCGAAGGCUCUCCCAAGAGGCGACGACUGAGAUCCCCCAGAAUGCCGACUGA